AUGAGUUUUGCAUUCAAUACGGCUCCUAUUCUUCCCGAAGUACCAUUCGAGGUAGCUGCAGGUAGCCAGAAGAUAGUGGGAAAGGUGAAAAAUGCUUGGGCACCGACCAAGGCCGUCACUGGGAAUGAGGCGGGAGGCUGCAGGUCGGUGCCGAAGGAGAUUUGGUGGGCAGGGAGAGGUGGGGGAUUAGGGAGGCUGUGGGAAGGGGACUUGAAGCGCCGGCUGGACGUUGUACACCGUGAGGCACUCGGUAGCAGGGACAGUAGCCCUGGUCCCCCAAUCUCCAUGGGAGCCGCGUUGGACGAAGUGGAUACGACAUUGAUGGACUGGAGGGUGAUGGAAAAGCGUUUCACGCAAGAUGAUGGGCCUGAUGUGCGAAGGAUGUGCUCCCAGGCUUCCACUGAACCCGCCAUGCCUUCAGAUAUCGGUAGGCUGCGUUCUUUGGCAAUAAUGGACGAGAAAGAUGCAUAUGUCUAUUGCGCGUCGGUUGGGGGCUGA